AUGGUGGAUGCCACUACUGGGUAUGAACGGUUAACUUUUCUGGAUGCUUACUCAAGUUAUAAUCAAAUUCCUAUGAAUCUAAACGAUGAAGAAAAAACAUCUUUUGUCACUGAACGAGGGAUCUAUUGUUACAAGGUUAUGCCGUAUGGAUUGACAAAUGCUGGAGCCACUUACCAAAGGUUGGUUAGCAAGAUUUUCAAAAGUCAAAUGGGUAAAACUGUAGAAGCCUAUAUUGAUGAGAUGGUAGUAAAAAGUAGAAAGAAGGACCAGUAUUUGCAACACUUGCAAGAUAUGUUUGAGGUGUUGAGGAAGUACGGCAUGAAGCUUAACCCAACCAAAUGCUCGUUCCUGGGAUUGCUGCAAACCGUUCUUCGACAUAAUAAGAGGCCACGGAGGCAAGCCUGGGGGGAUGAGCAACGACUGGCACUGACCAGGUUGAAAGAGUAUAUGCAGAACCCUCCAAUCUUAUCUGCCCUAAAACCAGGGCCAAGAGUAGGGAUUAAACUGCAGACCCCAGAAGGUGCCACGCUCCAUCGAGCAAUCAGACUUGAGUUCAGAGCAACUAAUAAUGAAGCAGAGUAUGAAGCAUUGCUGGCAGGACCGAGACUAGCCAAAGAACUAAAGGUCAAGAGUUUAGUUGCUUUUAGUGAUUCGCAUCUACUUAUUAGGCAGGUGACUGGGGAGUAUGGUACCAAAGAUGAGACAAUAGAGGCAUAUCGUUCUGCCAUUAUGCAUGAAGCAAAAAACUUUGAUCAAAUUAAGUUCACCUAA